GGCCCCAGCCCCAGCCUUGGCUCGUCACGAUAAACUGAUUGGCAACGUGGACAAGGGUCCCUCAGGGGGGGCGGCCGCAUCCCCGCACCACAGAUCUAUGCCUGACUGUGCAUAAAAGGACAUCAGGUGCAAUGAUCGGUUUUGCAACUGACCACUAAGAAUCACGAAAGGGAGAUAUCCGGAGACAGAAACGUGGGAUAUGGUAGAAAUGAAAGAAAGGUACUUCUCUUUUUCGGGGACAGCGCUGGGAUUCGCUGCAGCGCACGGGUUAAGUCCGUCCGACAGAGAAGCGCAAAUCCGGGGCCGCGGACGACCAUCCUACUUCUACUUCUUUUCAUGGGGGGCAAGCCCUCCAAACCCCCCAGGCCUCGCUGCGCUCGAAAAAGGUCACCUUUGGCACUACCAUACCAUACCAGAAAGGCCCAAAGGCCCGCCUCCACGGCAGUGGCCCCCGGAGGGCCAGCGGAGCGUCACCAACGCCCUCUUCACUAUCAUAGAGAAAAGUGAGGUGAGGUUUGGAGCCACGGCUUCUCUGGAUCGUGGGUCAGGCAGGAUGUGCAUCCGUAUUGGUCGAGAUGACCGCACGAUUAGUAAUCGUCGUGUCAGGCGUUUGCAGGAGAGGUCUGCUGACUUGAAUUAUGAUCGCUUGGAUGAAAGCAUGGGAGCGCGGACAUUUGGGGAUUGGGGAAGACCAAUUGGUGAUUGAAGAGGAAAACAAUCAUUACAGUAUCAACGUCGUUGCCAUUAUACCAGCAGCAGAGGAUCAAUUUAUACUUCAUGCAGCAUCUUCCCCGCUUUCACCAUCACACUCCCGCCCGCCCAAAAUCAUGAUGCAUCGCUUUUAGUG